AGUGUGCCCUUUUCCUGUCUUCUUUCCCCAGAGAAGAGAGAUGCUUCAGUGUUGUGAUAUCUACUGAAGAGCAACUGGUAUCUGCUGCAAAUCAUUACAUCCACAAGCUGAUAACAACUGAAGAAGAAGAGACAUGAAAGGGCACGAUAGCUGUGGAGAAUAAGCCAGAGAGGACUGUAACUUCAGAUAAAAAGUGGUCUGCAGACUGGGGUUUCAGAUUGCACCAAGUGUACAUAGUGAAAUUCCAUGCUCUGGGGGCAUCAGUAUUCUAGGAAUGCUUGUGGAGGACAAAUCUGUUUGCUUUUGUCAUUGUCUGAGAAGCCUGUAUUCUUGGAGUGCACAUUGUGGAAAUCAGUCACACUGCUAGUGACGGAACAAAGGUUCAUUAAUGGUAGCUGUAAACCAUGGAGCUGUCUGUGAUUUCCAGCUGCAUACAACAGGAAUACCACAGAAGUCUAAUGAAGGAUUAAAGCAGGGAUUCCUGGCAGCAGUUUUUAAGCCGGCUUUCUUUGAUUUUUACAGGAUCUGUGUGUUCUGAGAUUCUUGACUGUUUCCUGACGGGAGUAAGAAUGAGUGUGCAGACGAAGACCAUACUGGAACAUCCAGUAGCUCUGCAGAGAUUAUGUACACAGUUUACUAUAAUUAACAACAGAUGAAUGACUCUACUAAUUACACCCUGAUCCUCCUAGUAUGUCUGGACAUGUUAAUUAAAUUCCCUUUAACCAAAAACCACAGGAAGAUAGCAUACUUUUCUGUACUCUGACGCCACUGUGGUCAUCUCUGUCUCCUGUUUUCCCACUUGUAUUAUUUACCUAUGAUGGGCUCGGACCGUGAUGAAAAGGCAGGGAGGCUGUGAUGUCAUCACCAUUCAAGGACAAGAACUCGGCUCCGAGGUUUUUUGUUGGCGAGGAAGACGAUGAAACAGAUUUCCUGGAACCAAACAUGAAGACUGACGAGAUGGAAUACUAUGAUGAUGAUGAAGAUGAAGAUGAGGAGGACACGCCUCCUGAACGGCAGAUUGUGGUAGGAAUCUGUGCCAUGAACAAAAAGUCCAAAUCCAAGCCAAUGACCCAAAUCUUGGAGCGUCUCUGCAAGUUUGAUUAUAUCACAGUGAUUAUCUUCAGUGAAGAAGUUAUACUGAAUGAAUCCGUGGAAACCUGGCCCCUGUGUGACUGUCUGAUCUCCUUCCACUCCAAAGGAUUUCCUCUGGACAAAGCUGUUGCAUAUGCAAAACUGAGAUGUCCUUACCUUGUGAAUGACUUGAACAUGCAAUACUAUAUCCAAGACAGGCGGGAGGUAUACCGAAUUCUACAGGCUGAAGGUAUUGAACUCCCACGAUAUGCAGUGCUGAAUCGGGACCCAGACAGACCUGAAGAAUGCAAUCUGGUGGAAGGAGAAGACCACGUAGAAGUGAAUGGGGAAAUCUUCCACAAACCUUUUGUAGAAAAGCCUGUUAGUGCAGAGGACCACAAUGUGUACAUCUACUAUCCCACAACAGCUGGAGGAGGCAGCCAAAGACUCUUCCGAAAGAUUGGUAGUCGAAGCAGUGUAUACUCCCCAGAAAGUACUGUACGGAAAACAGGUUCUUAUAUUUAUGAAGAGUUCAUGCCCACAGAUGGUACUGAUGUGAAGGUGUAUACUGUAGGGCCAGAUUAUGCCCAUGCAGAAGCCCGUAAAUCUCCAGCACUUGAUGGGAAAGUGGAAAGAGACAGUGAGGGAAAGGAGAUCCGCUACCCUGUUAUGCUGACAGCCAUGGAGAAGCUUGUAGCGCGGAAAGUUUGUUUGGCAUUCAAGCAAACAGUGUGUGGAUUUGACCUACUUCGAGCUAAUGGACACUCCUAUGUUUGUGAUGUGAAUGGAUUCAGUUUUGUGAAAAACUCCAUGAAGUACUAUGAUGACUGUGCGAAGAUACUAGGGAAUAUUAUAAUGAGGGAGCUGGCACCUCAGUUUCACAUUCCUUGGUCCAUUCCAACAGAAGCAGAAGAUAUUCCCAUUGUUCCUACUACAUCUGGCACCAUGAUGGAGCUUCGUUGUGUUAUUGCUGUUAUUCGCCAUGGAGAUCGAACACCCAAGCAAAAAAUGAAGAUGGAAGUUAGAAACCCACUGUUCUUUGAUUUAUUCGAAAAAUAUGAUGGGUAUAAAACAGGAAAACUAAAGUUAAAGAAACCAACUCAGCUUCAGGAGGUACUGGAUUUAGCACGUUUGCUGUUGGCUGAACUUGGACAGGACAAUGACUGUGAAAUUAAUGAGAAGAAAUCAAAGCUGGAGCAGUUGAAGACAGUUCUAGAAAUGUAUGGGCAUUUCUCUGGCAUUAACAGGAAAGUGCAGCUUACCUAUUUGCCCCAUGGCCUGACCAAAACAUCAAGUGAGGAGGAAGAUACUCGUAAGGAAGGACCGUCAUUGCUGCUGGUUUUAAAAUGGGGAGGAGAGCUUACCCCUGCUGGGAGAGUACAGGCAGAGGAACUUGGACGUGCAUUUCGCUGCAUGUACCCUGGAGGGCAAGGAGACUAUGCAGGAUUUCCUGGUUGUGGGCUACUACGUCUUCACAGCACAUAUAGACAUGAUUUGAAAAUCUAUGCCUCUGAUGAAGGUCGUGUGCAGAUGACAGCUGCUGCUUUUGCAAAGGGACUGUUAGCCUUGGAAGGAGAGCUCACACCGAUUUUGGUACAGAUGGUGAAAAGCGCAAACAUGAAUGGACUGCUGGACAGUGACAGCGACUCUCUUAGCAGUUGCCAGCAAAGGGUUAAAGCUCGUCUGCAUGAAAUCAUGCAGAAAGAUGCAAACUUCUCUGAGGAGGACUUUGAUAAGCUGGCUCCUACUCAGAGUGCCUCCUUGCUUCAGUCCAUGACAUUUAUUAGUAAUCCAGUGGUAACAUGUGAAAGGGUAUAUGCUCUUGUGCAGAGUCUCACUUCCCAAAUUCGAACACGACUGGAAGACCCCAAGUCUGCAGAUUUACAGCUGUACCAUAGUGAGAGCCUAGAGCUGAUGCUGCAACGCUGGAGCAAACUGGAACGUGACUUCCGCAUGAAAAAUGGCCGCUUCGACAUCAGUAAGAUCCCGGAUAUCUAUGACUGUGUGAAAUAUGACGUGCAGCACAACAGCUCCCUAAAACUGGAGGACACAAUGGAACUCUUUAGGUUGUCAAAGGCACUGGCAGACAUUGUUAUCCCACAGGAGUAUGGAAUUACCUUUGAGGAAAAGCUUGACAUCGCUCGCAGAUACUGCCUGCCGCUGGUUAAAAAGAUACAGCUGGAUUUACAAAGGACGCAUGAAGAUGAGUCUGUUAACAAACUGCAUCCUCUAUACUCAAGAGGAGUGAUGUCCCCCGGGCGCCAUGUACGAACAAGGCUGUAUUUUACAAGUGAAAGUCACGUGCACUCCCUUCUUAGUAUCUUCCGCUAUGGGGGGCUCCUUGAUGAAUCAAAAGACCAGCAAUGGAAGAGAGCCAUGGACUACCUCAGUGCUGUACCAGAAUUAAAUUACAUGACACAAAUUGUUAUCAUGUUGUAUGAGGAUAACAAUAAGGACCCAUCUUCUGAAGACAGGUUUCACGUCGAGCUGCAUUUCAGCCCUGGAGUAAAAGGCUGUGAAGAUGGGGAUAAUGCCCCAACUGGAUUUGGUUUUCGUCCUGCCUCAUCUGAGAAUGAAGACAAAAAAACGAAUCAAGGCAGCUUUGAGGACUUGACAGAAGCAAAAGAAAAUGAUGAGGUGGACAGAGCAAUUCCUCUGUCACCUCUACUGUCAGAGCCAAUUACCAUCCAGAGAAGAUCCCCCCUGAAUCGCCCUAGAAAAACAGGAUCAAUGGAGACUCUGUCUGAAACUUCCUCAAAGUCUGGGAGUUACCGACUCUUUUCCAGACAGUCUCCAGAAAUGAAACAAAGUGGACUGGGGUCCCAAUGUGCAGGGCUGUUCAGCACAACGGUUCUUGGGGGUUCUUCCAGUGCCCCUAACCUGCAAGACUACGCACGGACCCAUCGUAAAAAGCUCAGUGUUGCUAGCCUGUCUUACAAGGAUGAAUUGUUGUCUAUGCCAGCCGUAAAACGAUUUUCUGUGUCGUUUGCAAAACAUCCGACUAACGAGCCCUUGGAAGACCACCACGUUGCCCAGCUGCUUCGUCGUUUUUCCACAGACUAUGCACUAGCACGACACCUCUCUUUGGAUGGGGCAUUGACCCGACAUCUCCACCAGUGUUACUACCAUAUUCGGCUCUUCCGGAACUGGCUAAUCACAGGCCAGGAUGACCUUCAGUACCUCUACGGAUUUGAGGGAUGUUCCAUGGUGCCAUCUAUCUAUCCUCUUGAGACACUUCACAAUUCCCUGUCUUUGAAGCAGGUGGAUGAGUUUCUGAGUUCUGUGUGUGACUCAUGUGAAGACCCCAAUUCCCAUACAUCAACAGCAUUGUCUGCCAUGCUGGAUUCCAUGAGCAGCAGUCAGCUUACCAGUGACGUCUUCAUCCCACAAAGGGUUCUCAGCUCACCAGUUACAGCAAUGGCACUUGGCAGUCACUCUCAUAGACCUCCAUGGUACAGCAGUGGCCCCUCCAGCACAGUAUCGAGUGCUGGCCCUUCAUCACCAACUACAGACAAUUCACCACAUCUGAGCUUCAGUGAAAAAUCGCCACUCACUCCACAAAGUAGUGAUGAACAGCAGAACCAACAGAUAUUAACUUCCACAAAUGGGCAGAACUACUCCUUAGCGAGUCAGCAGGAUGUGCCAACUGAACAAAUGGCACCAAAUAAGGAAGAUGGCAGGAGCCCUGAAGUAGUUCUGCAAACACUGCAUAUUCAGGAAUCAACUGAUGCUCAGUUCACAGAUAACAAGAUGCCCAUUCAUGUUGAAGGGAAGGACCUACAACAUAAUCUACUAAACUCUCCAGUACACCACAAGAACCCAGUGUCAGCAAGUAAGUCAGAAAAACCUGACUUAAAAUUGAGACAAAGUGGUGAUAACACUGUGCUUCAUUAUACUGAGUUUGAAACUCUGCCAGCAGAUCCACUAUCUCACAGACUGGUAAUAGAAGAAGGUGAAGACAGCUAUGGCUCACUGGAGUUGUUGGGACCUUUUCCAGCAGUAACAGAACCUAAGUGUCAGGAGAGGGUUGAUGAAAUCAUCUCUUCAGGAAACCCAUACACAGAAAGAAGAGAUACUCAAAUCCUAGAGCAGUAAAGAUGAAGGAGGAGGAAACAGUACUGAAUGUCUGAUGGGAAACUGUUUUUACAGUCACAGAAUCUUAGGUGUAUGUUGAACCUCUAAUGAAGUAAUGUAAAGAUACAGCAAUGCAACAGGCUGAAAACAUUUGAUUUUCUUAACUGUAGCAGGGCUUCUCAAAUCCAGAGAAGUACAAAAAUGUAUGACAUUAUGAUGUAUUCAGAGAUACAGCGAAAUCUGUACACUUGUUUUGUAGCUGAAAUUCUCAAUGAAAACAAAUCUUCAUUUGUUUAUGAUUCUCCCAAAACAUCCCAGAGAUAAGAACAUAUAACAUCUCUGUAGAACAUGCACAGAGUUCUCUUUAGUAUCCACAUAUGCUUUGGAAGAUAACUGGUCUUGAGCAAAGAUUUUUUAGGAAGUUCAAAAUUACCUGUUAGGUUUGCAGGUAUAAUCACUGGCAACAUAAAAGUCUGUUGUCAAAUGUUGCUUUUUGGGCUCUCAUGUUUCCUCCCACAUCCCAAAGACAUGCUGUAGGUGGAUUGGACACUCUAAAUUGGCCUUAGACGUGAGCGCGUGCAUGUGUAUACCUUCUGUGGAAGGUUGGGCGCUGGGCUGGCAACUUGACACCAUGAAACUCCACUGCCAAUCCUGAGCAGACAAGGUGAUCCGCUGUAGCGAUCCCUAAUUGGGAAACAUCAAAAGAAGAAGAUGUUAGAAAACAAAACACAAGAAAAGGGAACUGAAGUUGGUAUAUAUUUUUUUUUCAGUUUUUGGACUUGCUUACCAGUACUGAAUGCAGAGUCAGUCUGCCAUUGAUUUUCCACUAAUGCAGAGCACAGACUCUGGUUUAAGUGGUAUUGCCAUUGCUAAAACUCUGCCUUCUUCCUGUGGUUAACACAGUGAUCAUAAACUUGAAUUGUGGCAAAAAUGGUUUUUGACUUACAUUGUAGAAGCUGUACAGAUGUCUUUCUAGGCAAAUAAAAAAAUCACAUUCACUUUUCAAGUGACAUCUAGUUCUAGAACAGGAGCCACCAGGACUUGAUUUUCCAAUUUUUUUUUUAAAUGACAGAACAUCAGAUUACAUUUCUUAAAAGUUCUCCGAGUGGCUGCAUAUUUCAUAUGUUUGCUCUCAGGUUUUAUAAUGCUGAGAGAUGUUUUGGGGACACUAAGACUAUUGGACAACAAAAUGAGGACUGAUAAUAUCACUUGCACAUUGCAAAACCUUGAGAACAGAUGUAGCCUUUAAAAACUCCAUCCCGCAAAAGUACCCCUUUUCAGAAUGGUUAAACUGACUUUUGAAGAUGCACUUGAAAGCAAUGUCAUAAUUUGACCAAGAUAUAUUUUUUAAGUAUCUUCAAGAACUGUAUUUAUCAUAUGUGCACUGCAGUGUCAUUUCUCAGAUUUGAAACAUUUUGCUAGGGUGUUGGUGUAAGGAUUUAGCACCAUGUAAAUUAACGGUGUUUACCUGAACAGCAGUUAUAGAAACAAUGUCUUGCACCUUAUACUCACCCACUUUCUCCAUGUGUAUGUGAGCUAUACUUGUGUACACGUGUGACAGUGUGUCUUUGCACUCACAUGAUGCAAUGCCUCAUUUGCACGAAGCGUCAGCACACAUGCAGAAGUAGCCAGAGCAUUCAGUGAUGCUUUCUUGCAUGUGGGCAUUGCUUCUUUGUACAGGCACUGUCUUGUGUGUAUGUGUGUGUGUGUGAACAGUAUAGUAGUUUACACACAUAAAACAUGUGUAUAGAGAUUGUAAUUUAUGUGCAUUUCCAUUGUAUGAAAAUACUUACGGCUUGCUGUGUGCGUGUUAUUGUUGGUUGCUGAACUGCAUGAGAGCAAAACUAACAUCAUGCAAGUUCGCUUUAGAUAUCUUACCUGUGAAUUCUCACAGUUAUCACCUGUAGCAAAAACUUGAUUUUGUUAUAUUAUUCACACAUUGUUUUCUUACUAAUCAAGGUGUUGUUAUAAACACAAUGCACAAUUUAUAUCACCGUUAAAUUUAAGCUUGCACUGACAUUUGACCUCUUUAAAUAGGAAGAGGAAGAUUUUAAUCUAUAUCUAAUCAGAGACUGUAUUUUUAUGAAACUUUAUGGGGUGGGGGAUGGGCUCUCCGUGCCAUAGACUGCUGUAUGGGUAGAAGCUAUUUCCAGAAAAGCUGCGUAUGUCUUUGAACCAGCAAAAAAUGAUAUGUUGCUGCUACUGCAUUUGUUGUACAAAUGACCUUGUUAAAUUCAUAAAAUUUAACUGAUUCUGACAUGCCACCUUUCAAAUAACAUGGACUUGUCUUGGUUUGUUUUCACUGUGCAAGAGUCACAGCAGGGAAAAGCUUGUGAUUCUAAGUGGCACUGAUCAGAUUGUUUUAGAAGGCUAGUCUCUAGAGCAUACCACUCGGCCAUCUCUGACUUUGCAGAAUGCCCCUGAUUUCACUUCAUCUUUUUACUCAAUCCCUUGUAACAUUUUUGAUUUCUUAAGUAAAUCACUAAAAAUUACAGUCAGGAAAUAAUGCCAGACAUUAGAGUUCCAGACGACUUCUUCAGAAAAUGCACAAUGAUACAAAGUCUAAUGUUAUAUUAAUGUUUUAAAUUAGAGUAAUAUUUAAAAUUGUCCCUAAUUUUGGGCUUUUAUACUUUCAGUAUUUUUAGUUUUGUCCAGAAUUCUUGAGCUAAGAAUUUGAAAGUUAUGCUCUACUGUGAUGUUUUACAUGGUACAGUCACUUGCAGCGCAAACAGUUUUGAUGGGGCAGGCCUUUCACAGUUUUUUAUUUGUAUAGGAUGUGUAAUAUGCAGCUUGUCAGUGAAAAGGUUUGCCAAGCCAAAGACUAAAGUGGUGGCAAAAAUCUAUUGAUUUGUAGAACAGUGGUAUACUACCUAAGGUUGUUUUUCUCUUGCUUUUGUUUUAUAUUGCAAGUGCAUAUGUUUUCAUAGGAUUGCAUCUUGGUGCUUUUUUCUGCUUGUAUGUGCUUUUGUGUUUAUAUUAGUUUUGUGUAUUUCAGUGCGGUUAUAGUCUUAAUAGUUAGAUGUUCACCACAUGUAUAACUGUUGCAGGAAUUCAUUGUAUAAAUGGAAACCUGUUGAAAGCAGAUGUCAGUUCCCUUGCUAAUUAAAUUAAUUUAUUUUUUUUAUAGCACUCAGAUGCCCCCAAGGCCCUUGGAUGCAAUCUUACCUAGUGGUCAUUAGAAAGGCAGCCAAGUUUUAGACAUAGA